CCUCAGGGAGCGUCCCUCCCGCUUGCCGGCUGGUUCUCGCUGGCUCCGCUCAGCCGCAGGGGCUUCGACUCCGCGGGGCGCUCGGGGAGCGGGAGAGAAGGAGGCCUGAGCUGGCGAGUGCCGGCGACUUGGUUGUCGUUCGAGCGCUGAGGUAGCGCUGGGCGUUGUGCGAGAUUUCAGCGGUGGUCUUUUCUUCUUCCUUUUCGACUUUAAAUGCACCUACUGGCUACAAACUCCUGUCUUCUCCAGCAGGAAAGAAAAAAACCAAACCGCAUAGGUGUCUGAAUGGACGUAUGUCAGCCCCUUCCCUUGGUACUUACACGACCUCAGUGGGGUGUAGUAGUGUCUAAAUUUCUUUAACACGUUUGGGAUUUUUAUUGUAACCAUCAGGACCUUUCCCCCCUCUCACUCCCCCCCCCCCAUUCUAUUAGAAAAUUGAAGUAAAAGAACAUCUGAUUGCAUUGAUUGUAUUUUUGGAAGAUAACCCUAAGCAAUCAGCCAAGUCAGAAUAGGCGUGUGGAUCGAAUUUUCUCUGGUAUCCAGCCAACUGGGACCCCUCAUCUGGGUAACUACCUUGGAGCCAUUCAGAACUGGGUGAAUCUUCAGGAAAAGUGCAGCUCAGUGCUCUACAGCAUUAUGGACAUGCACUCUCUCACCAUGCCCAAGGAGCCAGCUGUCCUGCGCCAGAACAUCCUGGACACCACUGCUGCCAUCCUUGCCUGUGGGAUUGACCCAAAGAAGUGUUUCCUGUUCCGGCAGUCGCUGGUUCCUGAGCAUGCAGAACUUGCCUGGAUUCUCGGGUGCUUAACUAAUGUGCCACGUCUGCUACGUUUGCCCCAGUGGAAGAUGAAGCGUGCCAGCCAGAAUCGCGAAGGAACUGUUGGUUUGUUGACUUACCCUGUGCUUCAAGCAGCAGAUAUUUUGCUGUACAAGUCAACACGUGUUCCUGUUGGAGAAGAUCAAGUCCUGCACCUGGAACUAGCCCAAGAUAUAGCACAACAGUUCAACAAGAAAUAUGGAGAAUUCUUUCCUGUGCCCAAAGCCAUUUUAAGUACGACAAAGAAAAUAAAAUCCCUCAGAGAUCCAGCAGUGAAGAUGUCCAAGUCAGACCCACAGAAGCUAGCUACUGUUAACAUAGCAGACAGCCCUGAUGAAAUAGUGCUGAAAUUUCGCAAAGCUGUGACUGACUUUACCUCGGAGGUGACCUAUGACCCCACCGCUCGCCCCGGUGUCUCCAAUCUGGUGUCCAUUCACGCUGCAGUAACGGGGCUUAGCAUCAAAGAAGUGCUGCACCAAGCCACUGGUCUUGACACUGCUCACUACAAAAUGGUGGUAGCAGAGUCAGUUAUCCAAAAAUUUGCACCUAUCAGGAAUGAAAUCAAGAAACUCCAGGAAGACAAGUCCCAUCUGAUAAAGGUUUUAGAGGAUGGAGCAGAGAAAGCCAAAGAACUGGCUGCUCCUAUCUAUCAAGAAAUAAGGAGACUGGUGGGAUUUCAAUAGAAGCUGCUGAGUAGUCACAAGGACUUUUGUAUCAUGGGAUAGAGGGUUUUUUAUUUGUAACAAAAUCAUUUAUUAAUUAUUAAUAUUUUUGGUUUGAAACAAAAGCUUUUUUUUCCUGGAAGAUCCAAGGAGAACAUUGGAGGUGAUUGCACUAAAAAAUGUCCAUGAAGCCAGAUACUUCCAGUGGGACCAUCAUUAAGCUUGUCUGGUUAGUCAAAGAGGGAGAACAGACGCAAUCACAAUUCACAAAGAAAUUGUGCAAAACCAGAAUAUAAGGUUGCCUGUGUGGGUUUUUGGAUUUUUCCAUUGACCACUACAAGAAGCUGAAGUGUAGGCGAGGUGAUCAGGAUCUAGCAGAAAGAUAUGUAAUCCUCUCAAGAGCAUAUUUGGCUGUGUAUGCAAUCUUGUACAGAUGGACAGUUCACCCUGUUGGGGGUUAUUCAGCUUUGAUAUGGUGAUUGAACAUGUUCUUGGAUAACCAGAAUAAAAGCAGAGACUUAAGAAUAAAUGCUCAGGGUGAUGAAGAGAGAACGUACUGCUUCUCCCUAUAGUGUCUUCAAAUUCAGUGUGAAUUUUCUUUUUGUAUCUAUGUCGUUUGUAUGAAGUGAAUUUCACUUCUGCCAUUUGUGCCAUCCUGCUGGUCAGGUCUAAGGUAUUUCAGUGAGAAAUGACAUGUGCUCCAGCUGCUCAUAUUUCAUCUGCUGUUCUGUUUAGCAGGAUUUUCAGUUCAGCAUCAGGUGUAGGAUUGCUUUAAAAAAGGUGUAGGGGGGAAGACAUAAUGCUAAAUCAAAGAAGUCUUGGGUUGAGAAUCAGAGAACUCUACAGAGUAAAGUUUACAAAAUUCUUUCUUUAGAAAAUUGUGCCGAGGUCAGAGCCAGAAUACAAUUAAAUAGAUCUUUAUGGACUCUUCACUACUGAGCCUUGAGAAAGUGUCGUGGUGGGAGAACAGUGUUAGCCUGCCCUGAUCUUGGGCCUCACAAGAUCCACAGACUGGGACCCAUGGCUUGUGGUAUUUGUUGGGGAGUGUGCGGCAAAGGGGAAUUGCCAAAAGGAGACACCAUGUUCUAAAGAGGGGUAGUAGCACAUGUUAAAAGGUAAUGAAAGCCCUAUUGGUCUUGUGCCAGCAUAUUUAACUGUAUUGUUACACUUCAUGGUGCUGUGUUUGAAAUUGCUGUAGUGUAAUGUAAAUUGAGUUAAUCCUGUACUCUGGCAGCUCAUAACCACUCUAUGCCUGUGGCAUUUGUCAUGUGGGAUUGCAGUCUUAUAUGACUGAGUUAGUAAAACAUGGUGGGGGUGGAGGGGGCGUGUUUCUACAUAGUACCACUGGUUGGUUGGUUGUUUUGGGGUUUUUCUAAAAAGCAGUAUUUAGUUAAUUAUAGUGUGUUGAUUCAGAAAGAAAUAUUUAAUUUUCCAAAACAUAAAGCUGAGAACUGAGCGUCUCCAGAUCUGUGAUGUGACCUGUAUUUAUUUGUUAUGGAUCUGAAGAAGAGAACUGCCAUGCAAGAACUUGACGAUGACAGAUUUUCUAAAAUUAGUCAAGACAAAGAAGCAGAGUGGAUGAAGACAGACUGAUUGGAACCAAAGUCAGUAUUGUCAAGCCUCAGGUAAUGUCCUCUGGAAAUAAUAAGUAUAUUCAAGAAUUGUCCCUGGUUUUAAAUAAGCUGUAGUGGAUACGGAAAGGACACGUUAUAACUGUGCAUAUUUACGUAGUUUUAAAAAACUUUUGUCAGUGUUUAACAGCUGCAUUAGGGCACUAAGACAAAAAAUAAAGGCACACAAUUACUGCUGCUUACUGACUUGGCAUAAACUGUUUGCUGUGGCACUUUUUAAUAUAGAUUGAUUUCUGCAAAGGUCCCACAGUCACAGUCUGUUCUUUAAGAGAAGCGAACACUGUGCUCAUGAAGACUCUGAAAAUCUUUAAUACUAGUGUGUCUAGUUUCUACCCUACCUCUUUUUCACUAGCAAAGAUAGAAGUAUAUAUUCAAGCGACAAAUCAUAGUUUCAAGGUCUCUUUACACUUCUAAUACUCAAAUCACCUAAUAUAUAAAGUUGCCAUUCAACACACCUUCUUUGCAAUGGAAGGAAAAUAGGAGCAUUCAUGGGAGGGGUUGAUGCCAACAGGUAAUUUUGGUUUGUUACUUGAACUGUUCUGAGCCAUGUUUCCAAAACUGUUAGGUUUUUUUCAGAAAAUUGUGUAGGGAAAGCAGGAAGAAAAAACUUCAAAAGAGCCUUUUCUUUGGGGUGGAUGUUUAUGACAUGACAUAUUUAGCUGUGUUUCAAUCAAAUUCACUAAUUUGCCUUUUUUUAAUUCAAUAAUACAUUGGGAGUUUUCCCUUCCCUUUCUCCUAUCAGUCACAGUUUUUUCUGCAAAGGUAACCAUCUUGGUAUUGAGGUGGUUUAACUGAGCUUGAAGCAGUGAGUUGAUUCCAAGCUACUCUCCCUUCUUCUAUGUCCCUGUUUCCUCCUGAGAAUGUUUUUAUAAGCACCCAUUCUAUAUAGGGUUUUGUGGCAACGUUUAGUAAGUAGUGCAGAUGAGUUAGAACAGCUGUUGAGAGAGCAGUUGCUGAGAAGACUUGAUGCUUUAUAUUUCAUGAUUAUUUGUUUCACACUAGUGCUGGGGAUUUAAUUUUGUUUGCAACGAAGUAGGUGCACUCCUGAAAUGUGUUUUCAUAGGGUUUUUUAUCCAAAUCAUAUUCUCUAAGACUUCUCUGUGAUGUCAGCUGAAGUGCAGCUGGUGGGGCGUUUCUGCAGGAGCACACUCCUGAUCCCACUGCAGUGUGGUACAGACAUGCCCUGUGGUGUUGUGGAAGUAGUUGUAAGGUGUUCUUCCAGGACAGGGUGGGAAAAAGGUCCAAGUACAUCCUUCCUGGCUGAAAUAAAAAGAGUCAAAAGGUGGAGGGGUAUCCUUACCCCUUGCAGUGUUGCUCACUGAAGAAAAGGAAGCAGAAACAACGAUCCUUUAUUUAGAGUGUGUUGGUAAUUUGUGCCGUGGACUGAAAAUCUCCUCUUUUGCCGUUCCUAUGUUACUGCAGCUGAUGUCCUGCAGAUCCCAACCACUGCAUAUGUAUUGGGCAUGGCAUCUCCUGGUAAGACUCACCUUUAGAGAUAAAACAUCAACUCCACAGUGAAUAACUUGCAAAGAUCUAACGAAAACACUUGAGACAUUUAUUUUUGCGGCUAGUUAUUCCUAGGAAAUCAUGAUAUCACAUAGUGAGUGUCAGCUCUGUGCUUUUCAGUUUAGAGUGCGGAGUUUACUGAGAAUUUUAGAUUCAGGAACAAUGUUUUCUUCAGCAAAGAUUCCAAAUGAUGGUUGGCCCCAUAAAUUAACUCUAGGACUACUCCAGCAUACAUCCCUGCCUCAAAUAUCUGGAGUGCAUGGAUAUUGUUCAUUAUACUGGAAUUUGAUAGUAACUUAAAGAUGUGGUUGAAGUAUACUUAGUUUUCAAACACCAUGACCUGGCUUCUCAGAUUCCCCAGAAGGCUUUCUGCAUAGUUCUGAUUCAGUGUGUGUUUAUCUACAACCAAUUCAAGCAAAGUUCCUUUGCAGGAUUAUGGCUGCAUCCAUUAAAGGUUAGGGAAUUCCUAAAAGUGAGCUGAAAGUCUAAGGAAGGACAGUGAAAUGGGAUCCUUGGGGACUGACCUGCAUCUAAAUGUUUUGGGAACCAUAGGUUAUCAAAGCAAAUGUUUUCUUAUCCUUGGUUAGGGCCAUGAUCCUGACAGCAAUAUAGCAGUAAAUACUGCUGAUGAAAGUGUGUUCUUUCAGCGGUCCAGCUUGGUUAGAUUUAUGUUCAGUACAACAGAUGGAUCUUUCACCAUUUUGAUCUGUGCAUUUAAGCUCCUGGAUGGUGCCUACUCAUUUGUUUAUGACUGAUGGACUGCUGCACAGAGAUACAGUCUAGCAAGCUGGCAUAGGAAGUCUAGUGGAAAAGGGUUUUUGUUCAGGAAAUACAUUAUCUCUUCUUGACAGGAAAACAGAACUCCUCUUUCUGCUGUAUUGCACUGUCUAAUUUCCUUGAAAUUAUUUGAUCUGUUCAUUCUUUCUGGGUAAAUUUGACAGUAGCUGAAAGAAGAAUGUCAAUGUAUUGUGUAGUCAAAAGCCUUAGAAGGAUCCAGACAUCUCUCAUCUUUUCAGAAGUCCCUUACAUAGUGGGACUUUAUUGUUGGCAUCAGCCAGUUUUGGGGAAAAUGCUGCAGCAAAAUGGUAAUCAUAUAUGACGUUAAUUUAUCUGCUUAAAGCUUUUGUGGUUUGGUUUGGGUUUUUUUAGCUCAGUAGCCUGUGAAAGAAGACUUUUUAAGUAUUGAAUUCCCAACCAAGCUUUUUAUCACAUAGUCCUGUCCAGAUGACAGCCGAAGAAAUGGAAAAUUCUCUUUUUUCCUCACAGAAGAUUCUGCACUGAUUCUCACUGUCUUUUCUGUUGUUCUGUUGGUUGUGCUAAUAGUCAUAUUGUGGAAGGUUUGACAGGUAAGUAUUUAUUCUGUGUCAAUAAGAAGUCAUUUUACCUGCAACAGUCCCAUUUUAUUAUGGAAAUGGAAGAUUCACUGAUUAUUUCACUCAUAGGCUGCAGCCUUGGUGUCACAAUUAUUUUAUAUAAAACAAAAUGCCAACCUCCUGCACAGGUACAGUAAACAGUUUAACACCUGGGAAGAUUUUUUGCCACUGUUGUAAACUGCUGUCACAGAACACCAUGACUGAAGAUGAGAUUAUCCACUACAGGAAUGGCCUCGUGCUGCCUGAGGACAUAAAAUUAAGCACUGAGCUUAGUGUCUGUUGUGCUGUCGUGCUCUCAGCACUCCAACAUGGCUGUGAGACGGAAACAGAGCAAAUCUGUGCCACACCAAAAGGUUUGAUCAGUUCCAGAUGUGCUACAUUUGCUGUAUCUGCAAGACAAAAUGUCAAGGCAAGAGUUCCAGAACCAAAAUCCUUAAAAGUUAUUAAAUGUUUGGGAGUAACAGCAUGCUUGUAAAGCUUGGCUUAUAAAGCCUAUGAUAGCAUGGUCUUAGCCUCAUUCAUAUGGCUGACAUGAGCAGUCAGUCACACAGCUGAGUGUGAUGGUGGCAUAAGGUAAGCCAUCUGCUUCCUCAGUACAAUAAUGUAGAGACAGUAUGAGUCUAAUUUGGGGGGUUACUGGAUUAACCCUCACAGGUGGGAAGUAAUAGCUCAUGGCAGAGCAAGGUAGUACCAGAUCUCUCUUGUGUCCUAAACCAUUCUGAAACCAGAUGCUCACAGUUCAGGUGUGGACUUCAGGUUGUGCAAAGCACAGGCAAGGUGCUGCAUGGACAGUGUCGCUUGUCCCACAUGUUAUUGUAUCUAUGACUCUGCAAUUGCUCCAAUUUCAGUUUGGUGUGACUUUAUUGUCAUCCAUCAAUGUGAAAUGAUGGUCAUGUGCUGAUAAAAUUAAUGGAACUUCUAUUUGAAACACUGGCUAUAUGUUCUCUACUAUCUUUGGUGAAAAGUUCUUUCCUGAUGCCCCAGGAUUUAUAGAAAGAAAUUGUUAAGCUGAAUACAGAUGAAAUUUAUCAAAACAAGGCUGCUCUCUGGCAUCAUCCAGACUUUCUGGUGUAGGUGGUUUCUGGCUUCAUUCAUCCUGUUUACCUUCAUGCUUCCUCCCCUAAGCCACAUCCCUGAGUAAAGUAAAAUCUGUAUGUUGAAUGUUGCAAGACUGACUUUUUAUUGUGACUGGAAACAGUUUUUCAAAUAUAUUUCAAGAGUCUC